AUGUUGCCUGAAAUGAGCUGUGAUUCAUAAAAGAUAUUUUGCCAUAAAAACGAGAUUUAAGAAUGUUAAAAGUAAUUCUUCCCUAUAAUUUGGAAAAAUAAAGAGAAUAAUGAUUAUGUAUUCAAAGAAAAUCUACAACUCUUAGAAUUAAUUAUUUCUUUUGAUGAAGAAUUAUUAGAGGGUGAUGAUUAGAUGUUAGUUUUCUCAAACAUUUAGGAUUAUAGAUUAAUUUAAAUUUAUCAAAGAGAAAAACUUUAUUUAUUGUAAAUGAAAGAAUUAAAGUUAAGUAUUUUUAAUUCUAAGGAGUAUAAUGUUCAAAUGGAAAUAAUCUAUUCGUUUAAUUUUAAUAUUGAAAAUUGUGACAAGAUCACUAAUGCCUAUUAUCUAAUUUAAUAAAAGUUCAUUAUUGUUUGUGAAUAAGUUGAGAAUUAUUAAAUUAACAUCAUCAAAAUUAAUUAAUCAGCCACUGAGAUAGUAUAAUCCUUUGAUUUUUAAAAAUAGAUUGAAUGCCAAUUUGAUGUAUUAUUUAAUGAAAUAAAUUAAUAAUUCUUAAGUAUAUUUUUGAAUUGUUUGGAUUGGGAUAUUCAAAUGAUUGAUUUUCAAGAACAUGAUACCCCCCAUUUUAUAGUGAUGGCAAAUAAAGCAAAUUUUGUUCAAGAACUAAUAUUAAGGAAAAUUAUAUUUGUUGAUAAUCAAUACUUUUUUCAAUUUGAUCAUUAGAUUAUUUAACAUAUUAUAGGGUCUAACAUGAUUAAUUAUUUAAAUUUUGAAAAUAGAAUUUUAGAUUUUGAAAUUAAAUCUUUUGGGCAAAUUAUUGUUUUGCAAUCAAAUAAUGAAUAGAAAAGUAGCAUUUAAAGAAUGGAUAUAAAUAAGAUAGUAAUUACAUAAUACUUAAAACCUAAAAAAAUUCUAAUGUUUUACAAUUCUAUUGUCUUAUUAAGUGAAUCACAUCUUGAAUGCAUUGCCAGAGAAGAUGAGACCUUUAUAUUCUAGGUUUAAUUAGAAUCAAUUCAAACUAUCUCAUUUUAACCUUUUUUUAUAGGUAAACGAAAUAAUCAAUUUAUUUUGUUUAAGAAAAAUGACUAUUCUCCCUUAUAUAAUUGCAAUGAUUAUUUAAAUUAAACCCAUAUUUAUUUUGCUUCUAGUAAUUUAUUUAAAUAAACUGAAUUUCUUUAACAGGAAAUAACAAUAGAUGAUUUUUCAACAAAUAGAUCAUUUUUAGCAAAUAUCAACAUGCCGAUUAAAGAAGAAGAAUUUACAUUUUAAUUAAAGCCAGACUCAUUCUAUGACAAUUAUAUAUCAUCAAAGAUGUAAUUUUUAGAAAAUGAUGCCAUUUAUUGUGAAGAAUAACAAUAUGAUGUUGUUCAAGAUUGUUUAAAUGAUCCAAAAUUCAAGUAUUUAUGGUAAUUUAAUUCGAUUUCGAAUCAAUAACUUAUAAAAAUUGUUUAACUCUAAAACAAUUUAUAGAUAAUAUUAAUGUAAUGCAACUCAGGUACAAAUUUUAGUUAUGGAAAUUUUGAAGAAAUCAAAAAAGAAAACAUUUUUAUAUUUAAAAAUGCCAUGUUUUUGUUAUAAACUUAAAAGAGAAAGGUUUUCAAAAUUAAUUUGAAAAGACCAUAUUUGAAAAAUAUCUUCGAAUUUAAAGAAGAAGUUAUUCAUAUCGUUUAACAAACUCGUGGAUAUUAAUUUGUUUUAAAAUCCUGUGUUAGUUAUUUGCUAUAAAAAGACUAUUAGGCUAUAUAAUAAUACAAUUAUAAAGUAAAUUCAGAUGGGUAAUGCAUUUAAGAGAAAUUAUUUUAUUAUGACUUUUUAGAAGUAGACCUUUCAAAUAAAGUUUUCAAUUUUAAAAGCGAACAUUUUACAAAUACUUUUAGUUUUUAGAACUAAACGGUUCAUUAUUUCAAUUAAUAAUAUAAAGGUAAUAAUUCAUUUGUGAUGAUAUAAACUAUAGGAGAUGGAAUUAUUGCAACUAGUUAUUUGUAUGUUAAUUUCCAAUUGAUUCCCAUAACAUUGGUACAAAAUGAAAAAUUGAAUUACGCUUACCCAUUGAAAUUUAGAGUAAAUACUUUCUAUCUUGUAAUUGCAGCUUUUGAUUAAGAAAAUAAUUCAGUACUUUUUAUAUAUAGCCUCUAAUAAUUUUAUAAGAACAAUUUGAUUGAUAUUAUCAAAGUCGACAAUUUUACUUUCUUUCUGACAGAUUUUAAUGAAAUAUUUUUCUAUCAAUAGCAAUAACUGAAAAAAUCAACAUUUUUACACACAUCUGUAAAAUGUAGAAUAAAUGAAUUUGCCGAGCCUAUUAAAAAUAUAAAGGUACCUCUUCUUCUCUUUUAUAAAUUUGAUUAAACUCAAUCUCAAUUAAACUAUAUUUAAUUAAAUCUAACCAAUAGAUUCCAGUAACUAAAAUCUACUUCCACUAAAGUUUUGCAAUUAAAAUAUCAUUCAUUAUAGCAAUUUAUUUUAUUUGAUCCAAGAAGAUUUGCUUUUGGACCCAUAGAAACUAUUAUCACAAAUACAUAUGAGUUAAUAUUUCCUAUAAUUUAAGUUGAUUACAUUAAUAGGUUAAAAUGCGAAAAUGUUGAUUAGGCCAUUUGCGUUAAUGAAAAUAAUUAAUCAAUAACAAUCUCUAAUAUAUACGGAUCUUCAUAAUAUUUUAAAACAUUUGAUCUACAAUAAAAAUCUCAUUUCAUGACGUUGAACUCAGGACUUUAUUUUAUAGUGUAUUACUAACAAGAAAUCUAUUACUUCAUUGAAUUAUAUUUAAAGUCUAAGUUAGAGAACAUUGCUAAUUUUAGAUUGAUCAAGUAAUAUCAGAACUUGAUACUCAGCAUUUAAAUAAUAAAUUAAUAUUGCUUAAUUAGCUUCGAACAUUCAAUUUCCUUCUAUGAAAUUCGAAAUAAUACAUUUAUAAAAAUAAACUCAUUAGAUUGCCAUUUCUGCUAAGUAAAUUAAAUAAAUAAUUCAAAUUUUGUUGCUAUUUAUUAAAAGCUUGCUUUAAAUAAAACAAUUGAAAUUAUCAUAUAUGAUUUUUUCAAUCAAUAGCAUUUUUAAGUAAAUGCAACUUUAAAUGAAUUUAUUAAUACUCCUGAAAAUUUCUAAUCUUACUUUUAAGUAUUAUUCAUGGAACAAAUAGAUAAUAAAAUAAACUCAUUAUUUUAUAAUUAAUAUUAUGCCCAAGUAUUUNAAAUGAAAAAUUGA